CUUGACCCAACCUCGGAACAAAUGCACAACGGAAAUACAGCAGACGAUUCUGCUUUCUGUUUGUUUGGGUCCGUUAUGUAUUAUGUAAAAGAAAUCUCGCUUUUUUCCGCUUUGAACUGACAACUUUUGAAGUGAUAACUGGUGCAACCCUUUGAAAAUCUAAAGGCUUUGUAGUCUUGAUCCACAUUAAUUUCUGCUGCCAUCUUCUGUCAGUUCUUUGUGCGUUCCGGCCAUCAGAAUGGAGUUCCCCUCUACACAGCAGUCACCUCGUGACCCCUUAAUGGAUCAGUUGUCGAUAAACCGUCGGAUAAACAACUACAAAGAAUGUUGCUACAGAGCUUAUGGGUUUGGACUGUCAGCUCUUUCUAUAGCGGCAGCCGCCUCCUACUUCUCUCUAAAACUGUUGCCUUUACGGACAACUCACAUUAUAAUGUUGUCAGGCAUCUUUGGGUCUGUGGCUGGCUAUAAAGUAUCCAAAAUGAAAUCUGAAGAAUGUAAUCUAAUUCUUAAAAGUCACAGAGAGUCAAUGAAAAACCCUGUUCAGCCAGAGGCUACAGAAUUGUGAGCUAUCCUCUUGAUGUUGAUUGAGGUGCAACAGCAACAUUGUAGUUAGGUCUGUGAUGUUUUUA